AUGGAACCUGAUAAGCAACCUCAGCAACAACAGGGCUAUCCAACUAAUCAAGACAACCCCCUUACUCAGGGCAACCCCCCUAAUCAAGGCAACCCCACUAAUCAAAGCUACCCCCCUAAUCAAGGCUACCCCCCUAAUCAAGGCUACCCCCCUAAUCAAGGCUACCCUCCUAAUCAAGGCUACCUCCCUAAUCAAGGCUACCCCCCUUUCAACUCUAGCACUGUAUACGUGGGCCAGCCUCCUCAUCCGAGCACUGUGAUCUACAUGGCAAACCGGCCCUACCUUAAUUUUACUGGGGCCAUUGUUUUUUCCUGCAUUGUAUUCUGGUGCUGCGGCUGGUUGUUUGGGCUUAUCGCUUUCAUUCUCGCCAUGCUCGGUCAGUCAUCGGCUUCGAACGGCGAUGAGGCAUCAGCCAAAUCUUACCUGACAGCUUCCUACAUUCUGUCCACUAUUGGUUUCUUCAUCGGCCUUAUCAUCAUCAUUGUCCUAGUCGCCCUUGCAGCUACUGGCGCGGCUUUUGUGACUCAGGCCGCAAAGGAAAAUACUUACUACUGGGUUAGCAUGGCAGUCUAG